AUGUCGGAACCGCUCUCAGAUGCUGAUAAGAUUCGCAAUAAGAGGUUAGCAAAAUUAGGCGGAACAGCAACAUCACCUGCUGCCUCACCGACAGAGUCGAGCUCCACACCGCGACCGCCGUCGAAUAUCCCAACUCCACAACCACAAGCUGAGCUAUCGCAGGACCAGAACGAUGCUAGACCAGGUGAAUCCGCGCAAGGCAAGAGGAUAAAGAUUAGCCCCUCCACAGCAACUCCCAAUGUUCCAUCGCCAUCGUCAUCGUCAUCGCCAGCGCCAGCGCCACCUAAGCAGCGGGCCGGCCCCAGAGCGGACGAGUCUCUCGAGACCUUUGAAGAUAGAACAUUACGCGCAUUAUUCAGCAUCACUCUCGACGAGACCCAGCAGAAGAAUAUACACGGCCAGAAAUUAACUUUUCUGCCGGGCGUACUCAGUGAACUCAAGGAUGAAGGAUCGGAAAUUAGGAUAUCUACUGGCGUCUUGGAUCAGGCGAUUUUGGAAGCGGCGUCAAACACUGGCCGUGAUACACCCUUGGGUUAUCUUUUGUCGUGCUGGAAGCGUGUGCGACGGUUGAUUAAAGGCUUUCGGAAGUCGUCUGACGAUGACCCCCGUUUCGCCGUGAUCAGUGAGGCCAAACGCCUAUGUAUAAGUUAUGCUGUUUUUGCAGUGACUAUGCCGGAGAUGUUUGGUGAAACGCCGACUGGUCGUUCGCCUUUGAUCCCAAACCUCCUUCUCGAUGCGGAAGACCCUCACGGAGUGGAUCUUGAGUUUCUUGCAGAAGUUGUGAAGCUUUUCGAAGAACAGGAUGAUCUGAAGCCGGCAAUUAUUACUACGGUGGAGCAGAUGAGUCAGGAACUAUCUGCAAAGACUAUGAAUGAUGACUAUAAGCCAUAUGUAGCGGCACUCAGGAACCUCGUUCACCAUGCCGCUAUCGGAUCUGCCAUUGCUGAGUCUCCGCGAUUCCUCAACCAAACAGAUGCUGCGUCUUUUGAAGUUAAUACAUUACUUGGACCUUGGUUUCGUUUGUCACCGCUUCAAGCUCCAGUCACGACUACUUAUUUUUCCAGCCCCAAGACCCGGGAUCAGGGUUUUAUUCUUAACUCGCAGCGGUCCCUUCGAAUGACACAGCAAUUGCUCAGUUCUGAUCUUUUGGAUGUUAUUAAUCAUCUUAUUCGCGCUUCGAAAGAGGCUAGAGAGAAAGUGCUCGAUUGGUUUGCGGCAGCCAUUAAUCUGAACCACAAGAGGAGAGCGAUGCAGGUUGAUCCGAAAACCGUUUCGUCCGAUGGGUUCAUGUUCAAUAUCACUACUUGUCUCGACCAGCUCUGUGAGCCGUUUAUGGAUGCAGCAUUCACAAAGAUCGACCGCAUAGAUGCGGGUUAUCUUCACCGGAAUCCCCGUGUCAAAAUGGGCGACGAGACCAAGAUAAACGCAGACCAACAUACAUCCGACGAGUUUUAUGCACGCAAAGUAGAGGGCACCUCCAACUUUAUAUCUGAAGUUUUCUUUCUUACUGUCGCAGCGCAUCAUUAUGGCAGCGAAUCUCUGACUUCCAAGCUGGAGCAACUUGAAAAGGACCUUCGUCAUAUGGAAACUCAAAUCAACAAGUUUGAGCUUGAGCGACAUAAAUGGAUCCACAACCCGAUGCAAUUGAGAACAUUUGAAGAAGCCCUCAAAAAGUACAAGGACCGACUUGACCUUGGCCUUUGUCUCAAAUACAGCCUUCAAGGUUUACUAUUUGACACAGUGUGGCAGACUCGUUCCAUGCAGUUCAUGAGAUAUGUCAUUGUAUGGAUUCUCCGCCUCGUUUCUGGACUGGACUUUCCCAAACAGAAGCUCUCCUUGCCCCUACCGGAAGAGCCUCGCGAAAUUUUCAAGUGUCUCCCUGAAUAUUUUAUUGAUGACAUCGUCAGCAACUUCAAGUUCAUCAUGUGGUCUAUGCCACAGAUCAUCACCACGGCGCAAGGUGAUGAACUUGUAAUGCUGUGCAUUGCAUUCCUUGAAAGCUCGCAAUACAUCAAAAACCCCUAUCUCAAAGCCGGUCUUAUCUCUAUACUGUUCCGAGGUACUUGGCCUCGACCCGGCGGGGCUAGAGGCAUUCUUGUGGAUUUGCUCAAUUCAUUGCCCUUCGCAAAUGAGUAUCUCCUUCACUCCGCCAUGAAAUUCUACAUUGAAGUUGAGCACACUGGAACACAUACACAGUUUUUCGACAAGUUCAAUAUUCGAUACGAAAUCUUCCAGAUCAUCAAGUGCAUCUGGAGCAACCCAACUUAUAGAAAUCAACUUUCCGAUCAAGCAAAUGAGAAUCUCGACUUCUUCGUUCGAUUUGUCAACCUUCUCUUAAACGACGUGACAUUCGUUCUUGAUGAAGCAUUUACUGCAUUUAUUACCAUCCACGAUACGCAAGAGCUACUCAACCGAGAAGGAAACACCAUGGAGCAGACAGUACGGCAAGAAAAGGAAGAGGCCCUGAGUGCAGCUCAACGCCAAGCCAAAUCCUACAUGCAACUCACCAACGAAACAGUAGCCAUGCUCAAACUCUUCACAGAGGCAUUAGCAGAUUCAUUCACUAUGCCCGAAAUCGUACAGCGAUUGGCAGACAUGUUGGACUACAACCUUGAGGCGAUGGUGGGACCUAAGAGCUCGAACCUGCAUGUGGGUAAUCUGCAAGAAUACGGCUUCAAUCCCCGUGGACUUUUGAGUGAGAUCAUCGAUGUGUAUAUCAACUUGAUGAACAAGGAGAACUUCAUCUAUGCCGUGGCCCGGGAUGGACGUUCGUACAAACCACAGAAUUUUGAGAAGGCAGCUGAAAUCAUCCGCAAACGAGCGCUGAAAUCAGAUGAAGAAUUGGCUAAAUUAGUGGAAUUAGCGAAACGGAUCAAGAAUGCCAAGGAGGCAGAUGAUCAGGCAGAGGAGGAUUUGGGAGAAAUUCCAGAUGAUUUCCUUGACCCCCUGAUGUACACCCUCAUGGAAGACCCAGUCAUCCUACCCAACUCCAAAGUCACGAUUGACCGCGCCACAAUCCGUUCUCACUUGCUGAGCGAUCCACAUGAUCCUUUUAACCGAGCGCCAUUGAAAAUUGAAGAAGUCGUACCCAAUAUGGACCUAAAGAAACAAAUUGAAGACUUCAAAGCAGAGCGCAAAGCUGCGAAAUUGCAGUCCAUGAAGAAGGAUGUUAUGGAUACUUCGACUGGGUGA